AUGGAUGGGACGGAAAAGGAAAGCCCAAUUGGUCCAGUCAGGGAUUGUCCUGAUGGAAUGAAUGAAGAUAACUGGUGUAGAAGCUGUGGCGAAUGGGGCCACAAGAGAAGUACAAGCAAAGCUUGUGUCAACAACAAGAAGAAUGCUGGUAAGUUUCCUUCUGUCGAAGAGCUGGCAACAAUGACGCUACCAGAACAAGAGUCAACACAGACAUCACUACUGGACAACAUUCCAUUGAACAAUGACAACAGCACUGAAGAGGAGCUGCACAAGGCACUAGUAGACGAUCUAAUGGAUCUAGAAGAUUGA